GUACAUCGUGGCAGCGCAGUAGAAGAGCACGUCUGUGACCGGUGUCGUUGCUGAUUGAAAUGUAGUUACUCGUCUCCAAAUAUAUAGAACAAGACAGACGCUGUCAUCUGUCUAGCUUUGUUUCUGAAAAAAAGAAAGAUUUUAUUUUCAUUAUUUGAUUUGCAGUGGCCAAAGUUUUUGUUGUCAGACUCGAGAUAGUUUGUGUCACACCAGCCCAGAAUGGAGUCCCUUAUAAUUAAAUUUGGUAUUUUGCUAAUGAUACUCUGUCUUUGUUCUAAGAAAGUAGAAGGGAAAAAAGACGAAGUGUUGUAUUGUUCCGCCUGCAGGGCAAUAGUUGAGGAGCUAAACUACUCCAUAAAACAAGUGGAUCCAAAGAAGACAAUCCAAGUAGGAAAUUUUAGAAUUGCUCCAGAUGGAAGUCAGAAACACAGUAAGGUCCCAUUUGCAAGGUCAGAGACUCAUUUAACUGAGCUGAUGGAAGAGGUUUGCAAUCAUAUGAAUGAUUAUUCCUUGUAUGUUGACCCGGAAACUAAAGAAAAACUGUAUAAGAGAUUUGCUCCAAGGGAUGGUGAUCCUGACAAAAGUAUGCUGGGAAACCUGCAACAUUUUCAGUUUGGUGAUGGACCAGAUUCUUCAAAGUCUUUGAAAUUUGCGUGUGAAAGCAUAGUAGAAGAGUAUGAAGAUGAUAUCAUUUCACUAUACGCCCAAGAGGCAGACCAUGUGGUGGGCAAGCUGUGCAGGGAUAUAUCAGAUCUAUGUAAAGGCUCUGUUGCCUUCCACACUGAACUAUAAUGCACAGGUAUUGUACUGAAAAUGAUCCAGAGCAUUUAAGCAGAAAUAUCUGCAAUGAAAAAUAAAUGGACUUCUAUUGAUGACCAACUUUUUUUUUUUUUUAAACAUAAAGAAUUUUAAUUUUAAAAAGCUGUUUGUUUUCUGCUUUUAAACUUAGCCACUAGGUUAUGAUUAUGAUAUUGAGAAGCAACGUGACCAUGAAAAUAAUGUUAUUGAUGACCUAGUUGAUACAUCAUAUGGCUGUAGACAUGUAUAUAAUGUAUAUAAUAUAACUUGGGUUUGUUCAUUCAAUAAAAGUUUAAAAUGUU